AUGUCUGGUACUGAGGUUGCUCAAAAGCGACCUAACGGGGAAGUAGUGAUUGGGGAUGUAGAAUGUGACGGUAGGACCAUCUUGUACGUCAUCAGAGCGGAUCAAACAUCCUACAUCAACUACAUCAAGCCGCUGAUCUUAGCGGAGGAGCUCGGCUUCCCCCAUCUACUCUCCGUGAUCGAUACACGCGAUGAGUGGUUCUAUGCAGUGCAUCCAGAGCGCAUGGUUCCGUCACUCAAGGAUCGGGACGAUGAAACGGGCGAGAAGAUCAUAGUAUUUGAAGGUACAGCCUGUUUGCAGUACUUAGCUGCAAAAUACGAUAAACAGGGACAGUGGACCGGCCGAACAGCAUGGGAGAAAGCACAAGUCCUUUCUUGGACAGCUUUCCAGACUGCUGGGCUCGGCGCGACGGCUAAAUACUGGCUGUACUUCCUACGAGGAUACCCGAGCAGACAAAAUCCUGAGCCCAUGCCGAGAACAUGCGCAAAACUCCACGUGAACACAUUGAAAGCAUGGGAUAUGCUAGAAGCAAGGCUGGCUCUUGAGGAACAAAAGUAUAUUGCGUUGCCGGACCGUCCAACUCUGGCAGAUAUUUCCUACUUUCCGUUCUCUAUGCCAUGGAUGUUUGGCUUCUUUGGAGUAGACAUUAACAAUUGGCCCAACAUCAAAUUGUGGGGAGAGGUAAUGAUGGCGCGGCCGGCAAUACAGAAGGUCAUGGCGACAGCACCCAGCAUUGGACACUGA